CUUACAUAGUACAUUUGCCAUUUACCAUUACCGGCUGGGUAGAGGUUAAGUUAGGUAUACUAUAUAAAAGGUAUAGGUACCGUAGGAAGAGCAACUGUGUAUAUGUAUAUGUGUAUGUAUAUGUGUAUGUAUGUGAUGUACGGUGCAUAUCUUGGUCUUAGACAUUUCAGGACAACAACAAAAUAGCCCACUUUCAUGCAUGACACCUUCACUGGCGAUAGGGUUCGAUAGGGCUUAUCGACCGUUUAUCGAUGGGGUGGUUGCCAGCACGAUGAGUUGGCCUACCACACCCAUCUAGAUGUUCGUCGCCCGCGCGCAAAUCAGCGCUCGAGAACCGCUGCUCACCGACUUUUCUGCCUGCAGCAAAGCAACGGCGCCUCCCCGCGCGCCUGGUAUCAGAUGCUCACUGCUGCACCACUGAUACAGCUACCUAGAGAUCGUGACUAGCUUAGCUCUAUUCUCGAUAUGCGUCUCCUUGUCGUGUUGUAUGUUUUUUUUUUGCCCGUUUCUCUGACAAAGAGGGAAUAAACAACAACGGCCUCACCAAGAUGGAAUGGUUUUCGGUGCUUCCUCCGCGGGUCUCUUGCUUCUCCGAUCCAGUAUCAGCUGCUAGCUUUCACGGGAGCGAAACGUAUCCGAGAAGCCUCAUCCGCCAGCCAUUCAGCAGAAAACAUCUCAUCGCGAUACAAGCUACAAACUACAAGCUACGAGCUCACCCCUCUCUCCUCACCCCACACGUGAAGGGAAGACGAAUAAAGAAAAAAGAAAAAAAAACACCACCGACGCUAUCUCUCCUAGGGCCCGCUAUGCUUGGUGCAAGGCCUUCCCGUCGAGCAUAUGCCAGUCAUUGAAUUGUGGCGUUGUUUAGGGUUGCCUAAUGAUAUACAUACAUAGCCGGGUAAGGUAGAGUAGUAGAUAUGAUGAAAUUUAUGUAUGUAGGUAGCUAGGGGAUGUUGAUCGGGGAAUAUCUCGUGACAGCGACAGGCUCUGGACAAGGCAGAGAGCAGCAAUAGCAGCAGUAGAAAGCACUUACAGGGUAAUUUCAUUGCCGCACUUACAUAGUACAUGAGAUAGAUACAUGGGCAGUAUACAGUAGCGCGGCGUCCUGGCAGAUGCGUGCGCGCAGAGGAAAUAAUUCACCAGGGCCAGUGUAUUGGAUUAGAUUGGAUUGGAUUGGAUUGGCGUUGAUACGAGUUGCGGUCGAGUCACCAAGGCGUUAUUGCGGGGAGUCUCUAUUGCGGGUAGGCCAUGUUUUUGGAGAGGCCCGCUGACUUGAAUUCCCUUAGCAAGUUCUAUGCAUCAAUGCGUUGUCAACCGUAGCUUGUGACGACUUAACAAGGGGAUACCUACGCAAUACUAAAUCUUUAGGAGUAUCGUAUCGGAUAGUUAGCAACUUAUUACUUAUUAGCCAU